AAAUAUGGCAGAACCAUGGUUUGCACAAGAGGUCGCAUUUCUCCAGGAAAAAACAGUGAUGAACAAUCUAAGUUCCGGCCACUGUACAUGGAUGUCCAAGCAACUACUCCUCUGGACCCUAGAGUUUUGGACAGCAUGCUGCCUUAUCUAAUAUGCUACUAUGGCAACCCCCAUUCCAGAACUCAUGCCUACGGCUGGGAGAGUGAGACUGCCAUGGAACAAGCUAGACGGCAAGUUGCAUCAUUAAUAGGAGCUGAUCCUAGAGAGAUUAUUUUUACCAGUGGUGCUACUGAAUCCAACAAUUUAGCAAUCAAGGGUGUAGCAAGAUUCUAUAAAUCCAGAAAGAAACAUAUCAUUACAACCCAAACAGAGCACAAGUGUGUGUUGGAUUCUUGCCGUUCCCUGGAAGCUGAAGGCUUUCGGGUCACGUACUUGCCUGUUAAAAGAAAUGGACUCAUAGAUUUAAAGGAAUUAGAGAAUGCAUUCCAACCAGACACAAGCUUGGUGUCCAUAAUGACUGUGAAUAAUGAAAUAGGAGUAAAGCAGCCUGUUUGUGACAUUGGUCAGAUUUGCCGCUCGCAUAAGGUGUUCUUCCACACGGAUGCUGCACAGGCAAUUGGUAAAGUUCCUGUGGAUGUCAAUGAUAUGAAAAUUGAUCUAAUGAGCAUAAGUGGUCAUAAAAUCUAUGGUCCAAAAGGGGUUGGAGCCAUUUAUGUUCGUCGUCGGCCCAGGGUAAGACUGGAACCCUUACAGAGCGGAGGAGGCCAGGAGAGAGGAAUGCGGUCUGGGACUGUACCUACUCCUCUAGCAGUUGGCCUUGGGGCCGCAUGUGAAGUGGCACAGCAAGAGAUGGAGUAUGACCAUAAACGAAUCUCUUUAUUGGCAAACCAACUAGUUACAAAAAUAAUGAAAGAAAUUCCUGAUGUGGUUAUGAAUGGAGAUCCAGAACAUCGCUAUCCAGGCUGCAUCAAUUUAUCUUUUGCUUAUGUGGAAGGGGAGAGUCUGCUGAUGGCUCUGAAAGAUGUGGCUCUGUCUUCAGGAAGUGCUUGCACGUCUGCCUCUCUGGAGCCAUCCUAUGUUUUACGAGCGAUUGGUACUGACGAAGACUUGGCUCACUCCUCCAUAAGAUUUGGCAUUGGUCGUUUCACUACAGAAGAAGAAGUAGACUACACUGUACAGAAAUGCAUACAGCAUGUCAAAAGACUGAGGGAGAUGAGUCCUCUAUGGGAAAUGGUGCAGGAUGGAAUUGACCUCAAAAGCAUUAAAUGGACCCAGCACUAAGAAAGCAGUUCAGUUCUAACCCUGGACUAGAUGGAUGUGAAGUCAAGUACAUUGUGUACAUUCCUAAGCAAAAUCAUGUGGCACUUUCUAAAAUCAAUUUCAUUUUGAUGGCUUGGGGUUUUCUAAAGCCUAAAUCCUAAAAUUAAAAAGGGGGUAAAAUUUGGUUAGGACACUUCCAUUUCAUUAUACAUGCGCACAAAGAAAGUUGCACUCUGACCUGGUGUCCAUGGAAUUGCAUUUUCUUAUAUAAGAGUGUUGUUUCAUCCUUUAGCCAUGAUAUUUCUUAGUACAGAAGAAUCCCUCCCAUCAGGAAGUUCCUUCUUGGUAUAAUAUGUCUUCUGCAAUUGUUCUGCUUAUGGCAAAAUUCUAUUACCAAGAAACUUGUUCCACUUUCUUGACUUAUCUGCAACAGGAAUAUUAGCCUCAGUAGCAACCACCUGCUUUCUGUGUUAUUUAGAUAAACAGUCUGCUCAGAAAUUAAUUCUUUUACAGAAGGCUAUUCAGCACUUCUAGAGGAAAUUGAAACCUUAAUUUAUGGCCUUCUGAUGGUGGUGGAUGCUCCAUUGUGUUAAUUAUACCUUCAGAGUUAAUCUGCACGCUGUUAAGAACCCUUUAACUAGAGGUUUUGCCUUUUCACUUAACUUUUAAUGUGUGAUUUCUUUUGCAGUUUUACCUCUUUACAUUUAUUUUUGUCCUAAUCCUCAUACAGGCCAGCAUGAAUUAACCAGAUGCAUCCUUCUCUCUUUCCCAGUCUAGGGUAUGACGGUGCUCUUUGUUCUCCCCAUCAGUUGUUUCUUUUCCUUGAAGUCUAUUUUCUUGAAAGUAAAGAGAAAAAAUGUUUAAUGUAUUUCUUGGAGGGUUGUAGAAUCCCAUGGCUUGUCUGAACAGGAGUGGUAAGAAAGAAAAAGACACCAGUUAUAAUUCACUGUAAAUUUCCUAAUGCUGUUUCUGUUUUCUUUUUGGCGAUGGAGCCUUUUACUCCUCCCAUUUAAGAAUCUGACCAUGUGCAAUAGUUUUCUAAUUUUCAAUGGGGGUAAAUUAUCUUUUUCUUAGCUUUGUCUUUCAAAUCUGAAUAUUUUGCUAGCAGGUACAGAUAUAUGAAACUCUAUGGAGACUUCUUGAUGCUUAGCUCCCUUUUUAUUGAAGACAUGUAGGUGUGGCAUCCAUUCUAUUCAGUUGCUCAGAGUGUCCAUUAAAGGGCAUCUUGAUAACAAAUUAAAUUUCAUUGUUUUAGUUCCUUACUUCAUUAAGACAUUUAGAUAGGGAAUUUAAUGCUGUGUUCUGAAGUGCCUUUUUAUUACCUGGCUUAUGUGUAUGCAUACUACUUCUCAGAAAAUAGCUGGUCCACAAAUUAAUGCUUUACUUGGCACUGGAUCUAAGGCAUCUUACUGGCAUGUCUCCUGUUGUGGACAGUAAAAAAAACACCUCUUGUGUCUACCUCAGAUGCUCACCACAAAUGAAAGCAGUCUCCUUGAAGCUAAAUCUCACUCUGCAAGAUGAGGCAUAUUGCAGAGUCCUGCACAAUCUGAUCACAUAGCCUUUGGCUUUAUCACUUUUACCAUCAGUGAUAGAUUUAGCCCUUCAUAGUGGGUGCAGAUAUUGCUGGGUCAUUUUUCAUUUGAAGUCGUUACUGCCUUUAGUAGUUCUAAUAUUGUAGUGAUGGCAAUUUGUAAUGCAUCAUCGUAAGCAUUUAAAGAUUUUCAGUUGUGUAUCUAGUUUUCAAAGUAAUUGUAAUAUGUAGCUUGUAUCUGUAACUUGCAUACAGUUUCUGAAGUAACCAUGUAAUAAUACUUUGCAAGCCUGUUUAAAAAAAAUAUUUCUGUUAAAUUGUUCUGUUUUGCUCCCUAAAUUAUAAAUCUUAUAUAUAAGA